AAAGAUACCGGUUCCUUCUGCUAGUUGUACUCUCACACACACACUGUGCCUCUUUAGCCAACUGAAGAGAAAAUACCCCCGACACCGAUUACUCCCUACGACAUGAUUUUAUGACAGAAUUAAUAUCAAACGUGGUCAGUUUCGUUUUAUAAUUAAAAACAUCCCACAGUGGCUCGCUAGCUAGGCUAGCUACUCCUGUAUUAGCAGCAGUAGCACUUGGCUACCUAGCUAGCUGCCUGAAUUAGUGUUACUUGUUGUUGUUGCUGUCACGUCUCAAACAAAUCACAGAUGUAGAACAAGCUCUUCAAGGCUUUUCCUGAAACACUGGGGUUGUUGGUGUGGCUGAAUUUUCCCUGGAUUUGAUUGGUCAAUUCAGAAGACUGAAGCCCAGGCUGACAGUCUACCUUUCACGGAGGCCCAGCCGUGAGAGGACUGAGGAAGGCACGUGGCGAAUCAUGACCGCGGACAAAGACAAGCCAGACAGGGAGAAGGACAGGGACAGAGACCGAGACAGGGAGAGGGACAGAGAGAGGGACAGAGACCGGGACAAGAGGGACAAAGCAUCCAGGGAGAGCGAGAGCUCACGACCACGCCGUAGCUGCACGCUGGAGGGCGGAGCUAAGAACUACGCUGAGAGCGAGGACGAGGAUAACGAGAACAGGGGAGGGGCCGGGGCAGUAGGUGGGGUCAACAUGGGGAUGGGGGAGGAGUCAGGGAAGAAGGGAAAGAAGAAGAUGAUCAAGAAGAAGUCGAGGUAUGAACGGAUGGAGAACGGGGAGAUCACUUCCUUCAUUACUGAAGACGACGUUGUUUACAGACCUGGCGAUUGUGUAUAUAUGGAGAGCCGCAGGCCCAACACUCCCUACUUCAUAUGUAGCAUUCAGGAUUUUAAACUGAGUAAGCGAGACCAUCUGUUACUCAGUGUUAAAUGGUACUACCGUCAGUCAGAGGUCCCAGACUCAGUCUACCAACAUCUGGUGCAGGAUCGCAACAAUGAUAACGAUUCUGGCCGGGAGCUAGUCAUCACAGACCCCGUGGUCAAGAGCAGAGAACUCUUCAUCUCCGACUAUGUGGACACAUACCAUGCUGCUGCCCUCAGGGGGAAGUGUAACAUUGCCCAUUUCUCCGACAUCUUUGCUGCCAGGGAGUUCAAAGCUCGCAUCGACUCCUUUUUCUACAUCCUGGGAUACAACCCAGAGACCAGGCGACUAAACAGCACACAAGGAGAGAUCAGAGUGGGGCCGAGUCACCAAGCCAAGCUUCCCGAGCUGCAGCCCUUCCCCUCCGAGGCCCCGGGGGGCCUGGGUCAGGCUGUGACAGAGAAUGAGGAGCUGGUGUGGAUGCCAGGGGCUCAAGGUGAGACACGACCUGACCCUACUCUUUCUGGAAAGAUAAUCCUGUCAACCUCCUCAGGGCAGCUGGUGAGACCUCACCCUACUCUUUCUGGAAAGAUAAUCUGCAACCUACCUCAGGUGAGACACGACCUCUGA